AUGCUAAAAACCCAAACUUCCCUGAGUACUUGGAGCCAGGAAAGAAGAAUGAAGUGGCUGGUGCUCCUCGGGCUGGUGGCCUUCUCAGAGUGCAUAGUCAAGUAUGUAUGGGGACUAAUACCUCUAAGGAGAGUGAAGACCAUGAGAAAUACCGUCAGUGGAAAAAAAGUGCUGAACAAUUUCCUGAAGGAGCAUGCUUACAGACUGUCCCAGAUUUCUUUUCGUGGCUCAUAUCUAACUAGUCACCCACUGAGAAACAUUAGAGAUCUACACACGUUAGGUUCAGACAUUACAAGUCUUCCACCUUCCGGCUUAUCAAUAAGACCUUCAGCAUCAUCUACGGAUCUGGGAGAAUUAAAGGAGUUGUUAUUCAUGACACAGUUCAGAGACAAACAGGAGGGCAGUGUGGUGAUGUUUGGUGGGGUGGACCACCGCUACUAUGAGGGAGAGCUCAACUGGGUAUCAUUGAUCAAAGCAGGUGACUGGAGUGUACACAUGGACCGCAUCUCCAUGAAAAGAAAGGCUAUUGCUUGCUCCGAUGGCUGCAAGGCCCUUGUGGACACUGGGACAUCAGAUACCGCAGGACAAAGAAAACUGGUCAAUAACAUACAGAAGCUUAUCGGUGCCACACCACGGGGUUCCAAGUACUACAUUUCAUGUUCUGCGGUCAAUACCCUGCCCUCUAUUAUCUUCACCAUCAAUGGCAUCAACUACCCAGUGCCAGCUCGAGCCUACAUCCUCAAGGAUGAUAGAGGCCGCUGCUAUACCAACUUUAAAGAGCACCGAUUCAGUUCAUCUACAGAGACCUGGAUCCUGGGUGCUGUCUUCCUUAGGCUGUAUUUCUCAGUUUUUGAUCAAGCAAAUGACAGGAUUGGCCUGGCCCGUGCAGUGUAA